AUGUGUGGAAUUCUUGGGCAGACAUUGCAACCAUUACACCUCUUCCUACUGUUCUGCCUCAAUCACUGUCUGUGGAAAAGGGCUAUUACUUACUGCAAACGGAGGACUCCUUCUACAGAAGCCAAGAGAAAGAGAGGAAAAAAGAGUGAGAGAGAAAAAGAAAGAGAAGAACUAAAGCAACAACUGGACAGCAGGAAUCAAACUGACUGCCUUCCCUGUUUAAAAGACAAGAAGAAAGACGGAAGGCACUGGAGUAUUUGUUUUUUUCUUUCGUUUUGUUUUUUUCUUCUUUCUCAUCGUGGUGCUGGGAGGCACAUCAUCUUUUCAUUUAUUCGCUCUCUCCAUCAUUUGCCUCCUGAUCUAUUUCUCCAUCUAUAUGGUGUAUAAUUUUGUCUAUUUAUGACGAGACAGGAGAGAAGAGAAAGAAGGGGCAAGUUUUUGUUUUUCAUUUUUUACUCUUUCGCUCAUUUUUUACUAUUUAUGACCCCCUUCAUUCCUUCACCUGUCCCUCCUUCCCAUCACUCUCCUCUGAUCAUCCCCUCUUCCUCCCAUCCCUCCCCUCAUCCCAAAAGUCUGAUGCUCCCUGAAUGAAAGUUGCUUAGAAUUGUGAAAGAGACUCAAAACCAUCUCCACAUCACCUUUUUUAAUUCUUUUUCUUUCUCUCUUUUUUUAAACAGUUCUUUUAGUCCUCCACCAUCUACCCUCACGUAUCACUCUUUUUUUCCCUGGAUGCUUUAAUAUUCCUCUAGUAUCAAGAGAAGGACCCAGGAAAGGACGUACAUGGAUACCUGAACCAAUGACAAUUUAAGACCAGACGUCAUUCCUUCAGCUCUUUUACUACUGGGCGUCAAGCAGCUCCAGAAUUUGUGGACUUGUUCAUAGAUAAAAAUGGACUUUUAGACUCCUCAAGAAACAUCUUCUUUUCACCUUUUUUUCUCUUUAUAUCCCAUUUUGUAGCCAAUGUAGGCUUUGUCCUAGACUUUGUCCUGGUUCAUUUUCAAUUUUAAGUGCAUUUCUUAGAUUUGAUAUAAGACUUAACUUUUCUCAAGCAUUUACAGUCUUACUUGUCUUUUGUUUUGUCUUCAUUUGUGAGCCAGGCGUCUUUCUUACUUUUCUUGAGUGACUUUUCUUAAUAGUUUUGAUUCAAUAGACUAUACCUGUGCUCAGUCAUCCAGCCUGGAUUUACAGUAGGGGACCAACACUUUCAUCUACGGUCAGUCCUGCUUUUUCUUAGCAAUCCUUCAAACUACUUCAGCGGUCAGUCACUCCUCCAUCCAGGGCUAUGAGAGGAAGAGACAAGUCCCAGCUCACAUCAACAUGCAGGAGUUGAGGAGAGAGAAUGGGAGUUGGGCUGGCAAUGUUCAAGGGACUGUAUCUUCACUCCUCCGCCAUGCUUGUCAGCCUCCACCUCUCCUCUUCCCCUUUCUCCGACCGUCGCGUCCUGUCUUUCGUCUCCCUGGCUUCUUCCUCCAAACCGCCUCUCUCCCUGUCGCUCCUUCUCCUCUCUCUCUUCUUCUUCCCCACCUGCGAGUCUCGCCGUGGAGGCGGGAUCGGGACACCCGUCGGGGGCAUGAGCGGCGGCCAAUCGAUAAUCAGCCCUCCUCAUUAUCCGCCACCAGGAGUCAAUCCAGUGGGUCCUCCAUUGCCACCAAAGUUUGCUCAAGGCCUUAGCAUCGCAGUGAUCCUUGUGGGGAACUCCAGCGAGGUGUCUCUCUCUGAAGGUCUGGAGAAAGAGGACUUCCUCCACGUGCCUCUCCCUCCCAAAGUCGAACUGGUCACGAUGAACGAAACCGACCCCAAGAGUAUCAUAAACCGCAUCUGUGCUCUGAUGUCACGGAACUGGCUCCAGGGUGUGGUGUUUGGGGACGAUACCGAUCAGGAGGCCAUCGCCCAGAUAUUGGACUUCAUCUCGGCUCAGACGCACAUCCCCAUCCUGGGCAUCCGUGGAGGCUCUUCCAUGAUCAUGGCAGCCAAGGAUGACCAUUCCAUGUUCUUCCAGUUUGGUCCCUCUAUAGAGCAGCAAGCCUCUGUCAUGCUUAACAUAAUGGAGGAAUAUGACUGGUACAUAUUCUCCAUCGUCACCACCUACUACCCUGGAUACCAGGACUUUGUCAAUCGGAUCCGGAGUACCAUCGAGAACAGUUUUGUUGGCUGGGAGCUGGAAGAGGUGCUGCUGUUGGACAUGUCAGUAGACGAUGGCGACUCAAAGAUCCAGAACCAGAUGAAGAAGCUCCAAAGUCCUGUUAUACUAUUGUACUGCACUAAAGAAGAAGCCAUGACCAUUUUUGAGGUGGCACAUUCUGUCGGCCUCACUGGUUAUGGUUACACCUGGAUCGUACCAUCUCUGGUGACAGGGGAUGCAGAUAAUGUACCCAGCGUCUUUCCAACAGGUUUGAUCUCUGUUUCCUACGAUGAGUGGGACUACGGACUGGAGGCUCGAGUGCGUGAUGCUGUAGCCAUAAUCGCCAUGGCAACCUCCACAAUGAUGCUGGAUCGGGGUCCUCACACGCUGCUUAAGUCUGGAUGCCACGGUGCACCUGACAAGAAAGGCAGCAAGUCAGGAAACCCCAACGAGGUGCUGAGGUACCUCAUGAAUGUGACAUUUGAAGGGCGUAACCUCUCCUUCAGUGAGGAUGGUUUUCAGAUGCACCCAAAGUUGGUUAUUAUACUGUUAAAUAAGGAGAGGCAGUAUGAAAGGGUUGGUAAAUGGGAGAACGGGUCUCUGGCAAUGAAGUACCACGUGUGGCCUCGGUUCGAGCUCUACUCGGAUGCUGAGGAGCGGGAGGACGACCACCUGUCCAUUGUUACGCUGGAGGAGGCUCCGUUUGUUAUUGUGGAGGAUGUCGACCCGCUCAGUGGCACCUGCAUGAGGAAUACAGUGCCGUGCAGAAAACAGCUCAAACUCCAAAAUCUGACAGGAGAUUCAGGGAUCUACAUUAAACGCUGUUGCAAGGGCUUCUGUAUAGACAUCCUCAAAAAGAUCGCCAAGUCUGUGAAAUUCACCUACGAUCUCUACCUGGUGACCAACGGGAAGCAUGGCAAAAAGAUCAACGGCACAUGGAAUGGCAUGGUCGGAGAGGUGGUGUUGAAGAAUGCCCACAUGGCUGUGGGGUCCCUGACCAUUAAUGAAGAGAGGUCAGAGGUCAUCGACUUCUCUGUGCCCUUCAUAGAGACUGGGAUUAGUGUCAUGGUCUCUCGUAGCAAUGGCACAGUGUCGCCUUCUGCCUUUUUAGAGCCCUUCAGCGCUGAUGUCUGGGUAAUGAUGUUCGUUAUGCUGUUGAUAGUUUCAGCCGUGGCUGUUUUCGUUUUCGAGUACUUCAGUCCUGUUGGCUAUAAUCGCUGCUUGGCAGAUGGACGAGAGCCUGGCGGUCCCUCCUUCACCAUCGGAAAAGCUAUUUGGCUACUUUGGGGUUUGGUCUUCAAUAACUCUGUGCCCGUACAGAACCCCAAAGGCACUACUAGCAAGAUCAUGGUCUCGGUCUGGGCCUUCUUCGCUGUGAUUUUCCUUGCCAGCUACACUGCCAACCUGGCCGCAUUUAUGAUUCAAGAGGAAUAUGUGGACCAGGUGACUGGCCUGAGUGAUAAAAAGUUUCAACAUCCGAAUGACUUCUCCCCUCCAUUCCGCUUUGGUACUGUGCCCAAUGGCAGCACAGAGAGAAACAUAAGGAACAACUACAAAGAGAUGCACACCUAUAUGACCAGCUUUCACCAGAAGAACGUAAACGAGGCCCUCCACAGCCUGAAGACGGGUAAAUUGGAUGCAUUCAUCUACGAUGCAGCGGUCUUGAACUACAUGGCCGGACGUGAUGAGGGCUGUAAACUGGUAACCAUCGGCAGUGGUUAUAUCUUUGCUACUACAGGGUAUGGCAUUGCCAUUCAGAAAGACUCAGGCUGGAAGAGGGCAGUGGACCUUGCCAUUCUGCAGCUCUUUGGAGAUGGUGAGAUGGAGGAACUUGAGGCCCUGUGGCUGACUGGCAUCUGCCACAAUGAGAAAAAUGAGGUGAUGAGCAGUCAGCUGGAUGUAGACAACAUGGCAGGUGUGUUCUACAUGCUGGGAGCUGCAAUGGCCCUGUCCCUUAUCACAUUCAUCGCAGAGCACCUCUUCUACUGGCAACUGCGAUUCUGCUUCAUGGGUGUGUGCUCGGGCAAGCCCGGCAUCACCUUCUCCAUCAGCAGGGGCAUCUACAGUUGCAUCCAUGGUGUUCAGAUUGAAGAGAACAAAUCAGCCCUUAACUCACCAUCAGCCACUAUGAACAUGAACAUGAACAACACCCACUCCAACAUUCUCCGUUUGUUGCGUACUGCCAAAAACAUGACCUCAGUGCCUGGGGUCAAUGGUUCACCUCGCAGCGCAUUGGACUACAGCCAUCGUGAGUCAGCCGUUUAUGACAUCAGUGAACACCGGCGUAGCCUAGCAGGCCACUCAGACUGCAAGCCUCCACCGUACCUGCCAGAGGACAACAUGUUCAGCGACUAUGUAAGCGAGGUGGAGAGGACUUUUGGGAAUUUGCACCUGAAGGACAGCAACCUGUACCAGGAUCAUUACCUACACCACCAUGGGGGCACGGGAUCCGAACUGGCUCUUGGUAUGUCGGGUCCCCUGCCUAACCGACCUCGUAGCUUAGGGAGUGCCAGUUCAUUGGAGGGUGGGUACGAUUGUGACAGCUUAGGGGGAGGGGUAGCGCCCAUCUUUACCACCCAGCCACGGCAGUCGCUGACACAUCGGAACAGGGAGAAGUUUGACCUGAUUGCGGGUCACCCGACCCAGUCGAGCUUCAAGUCCGGCCUGCCAGAUCUGUAUGGAAAGUUCUCCUUCAAGGGCGGGGCAUCCAGUUCAGGGUUUAUUGCAGGACACGACAGGUAUUGCGGGGGAGGUGGGGUGGGUUCAGGAGGGGACGACGGAAACAUUCGAUCCGACGUGUCCGAUAUUUCCACUCACACCGUGACCUACGGGAACCUCGAGGGGCAUGGCAAGCGGCGCAAGCAGUACAGGGACAGCCUAAAAAAGAGACCCGCUUCUGCCAAGUCUCGGCGUGAGCAGGAUGAGAUUGAGCUUGGCUUCAGGAGACGCCCCCACCACACAAUCCACCAUCAUCACCACCAUCAUCCAGCAACGCAAGCACACCGCUCAGCCACCCCACCCGUGGAGCGCAAGAGCCAGAGAGGUGGUAACAGCACCUCCUAUCUGUUCAGAGACAAAGAGAAUUUGAGGGACUUCUAUGUGGACCAGUUUCGAGCCAAGGAAGGGGCAUCCCCAUGGGAGCAUUUGGAUUUAAGUGAUGCUCCAGGAAUGGGUGGAGGAGUGGGACUGGGUGGAGGCGGUUGUGGUGGAGUAGUUAGUAGCGGUGGUGCUGGGGGAGCGUGCACUAGUUUGGUUCCCAUGGAAGAUUUCCUGAAAGGUAAAUCCAAGAAGACAGAAUGUAAGGGUGGAAUGGGAGGAGGAUCGCCUGGGCAACAGGGCCAUGCAUGCUGGGAAAAGGGCAUCGGAGGGGUGGGAGGGUUGGCUGGAGGGGAUUGGGAAUGUCGCAAUUGCCACAGCGGAGGGGUUGGAAGUGGAGGAAGCAAGCCAGUUUGCAUGCAUGGGGGUGGCGGGGCUGGGGGCUAUCCGGCUGCCGGGGGAGUUGGGGGAACCGGUGGAGGGAGUGGACAAAUCUCAAGCCGCCCUAGCUCAGCCACCUGCAAGCGGUGUGACUCGUGCAAGAAACCGGGCAACCUGUAUGACAUCAGUGAGGACAACCACCUCCUCUUGGAUCAAACUGGGGGCAAGCACCCUCUGGAGAGCGGAAAGGGAGGGGGAGGCACAGGGGCCCAAACCCAGGUACAGAGGCGGAAAUUUGGCCCAGGUGGUAAGGUUUUGCGCAGGCAGCACUCUUAUGACACUUUUGUAGAGCUGCAGAAGGAAGGGGCGGGCAGGAUGGGUGGGUUCGGAGGCAGUGGCGGAGCGUCUAUGCUUCCUCCACCCCGAAGCGUGAGCCUAAAAGACAAAGACCGCUACAUGGAGGGCACGAGCCCCUACGCCCAGAUGUUUGAGCAGUAUGCGGGAGGGGAGCGGGAGACAUCAUAUUUUGGGGACAGAGGGAAGGGUGGGGGUUCAUCAUUUAGCUUAUUCCGUGGGGGUGAAGGUGGGUUGCACCGUCGCUCCGUGGGUGAGAGAGACAUGAGGGACAGGGAUAGAGGCAUGAUGGGAGGAGGUGUGGGCGGUACCCGAGGGGUCGGGACUUACUCCUUGUCUAAAUCUCUCUACCCAGAUAAGGUGAACCAGAACCCAUUCAUCCCAACCUUCGGCGACGACCAGUGUCUAUUACACGGUGCCAAAUCAUACUACGUCAAAAAGCAGCAGGCACAGCCGCAGCAGCAACAGACGCCACAACAGCAGCAGCAGCAGCAACAGCUCCUCAACAACAGUCGGUCUGACUUCCGGGGCUCCAUGGGGGUGACUACCUAUUUGCCUGCGUCCGCAACAUCUGGGGUGCUGUCCAAUGUGACCCCUCGGUUCCCCAAGGAGCUAUGUCUGGGCGGGCCUCUUGGCAACCACCACGGUGGAGGACCUAGCAACAACAAGCUGCUGUCAGCAAGGGAUGGGUUAGGAAUGGGUCAAGGACAGAGACCGUUUAAUGGCUCGAGCAAUGGACAUGUUUACGAGAAGCUCUCCAGUAUAGAGUCUGAUGUCUGAAGAGGGGAGUCAGAAAAUGUAGAAAAGAAGCCAACGGACGUGUGGAAUGAUGACUGAGAGAAAACUGAAAAGGCAGCAUGUAAUUAGUUUCUUCAUGCUCACAAAAAGAGGAGGAAACCGCGUGUGAGGAACUGACUCAUGCUUUCAUUAAGUUAUGCGGAUCAUGCGCUGCCAAGCAUACGUAUGUACAUAGAAAGAGGGGACCUGCCCACUGUCGAAAAGUUGAGAUUAGGGGGAAAAAUCGGUUUAUUCCUCUCUUUUAUUCUCUUGGGUUUUUUGUAUAUCCCACUAUUUCCCUGCUCCUAACAUCAAAAUAGUGGCCAAUCCAGAUGGAGACAACCGUGUACAAUCCUUUGUACAAUUGUGGAUGGAAAUCAGUUACUCUUUUUAAGCAACAGGGUAAAACUUACAAUAAUUGUAUUGAUAAUGUUCUUGAUAAUAAUAUUAUUAUAUAUUAUUACAAUGUUUAUGAUGUUCCAUUUGGGCUUGGUUUCUGGAUGUUUUAUGCUGUUAUAUAUUUGUACUGUAGUUUCAGUUCUUAGUUAACAAACCACUUUGCGGGAGGCUUUUUUGAUUUGUCAACUGAGCUUAUUUGAUUGUUAAUUGAGUUGUAGACAAACUUGGAUUCCAUUAAGGUUCUUUAUUAUUGGUUAUUCAAGUUUAUUUUAACAGUAUGGAGUGCUGUAAAAUGUGUGUACAAGGCAUGAUUUGCAAAGUACUUCAGCUGUACUUGAGAUAUCAUUGUGAAGGAAAUGUAUUAUCACCUUAUUUUAUAGUUUUCCGUUUGUUAGGACAAUAUUGGUUUAAUACACAGCACGUUAUGUGCCUUACCAAGACUUACAGAAUACCUGAUUUACAGGUCACAUUGCCAUGGUAACUUUCUGGUCACUGCACACAGACUUGUCAACGGAGGAUUCAUAUUAUUCUGGAUGGUACAAGCACUGAUAUGGAAUAUCCAGCACUGAGGAGACAUAAAGUAGGCUAAAUGUGUUUAUAGUAUUAAUCUUGAGAACUAGGUUCUAAAGAAAACCAGAUACAUUAUUAUUCUAACAACUUCUAAUACUAGGAACAUAGGAUAUUUGAGGUUUGCACAACAUUGUACAGUACACAGUAUCCUCUCUAAGAGUUGAGACGUGGGGCGUUACAUUUGUAUGGUGUUAUCUAUAACAUAGAAACAAAAAUCAAUUAAUUCAUGAUUUUUUUUUUCUCCACCGUCCCCCAUGUCUGAGCAAGUCUUUGAUCAAGCAGCAAAAUAACAACUGUGUCAUGGAUUUGUUUCUUCUUAGAAUGCAGUUAGUAUUGGAUAUGCUUAUCUGUACUUUCCUUAGGGAGACACCAGUGCACAGUAUGUAGGGUUUUGCAAGAUUCUCAGCAAAUACUUGCAUUUUAUGUAAAUAUUCAUUUUUUCCACUCUGUACAGUGAAUAGACAGAAAGGAUGUAACUCUACAGAUUUAUGUUUUACCAUAUUGGUUAGAUGAUAUUUUAAGAUUUUCAUUAAAGGUUAACAAUCCAACUUUGCUGCAAAAUGUAUCAGUUAAAAAUCAACAGAUGGACAAACAUUAAGAUUUUUUUUUCUAUAUCCUCCCUACUGUUAUUCAGGCUAAUACAAUCCUUUACUGCACCUGUACAGCAGAAGUGAAAUUUUGUAGAUAUUUUAGUUUAUGCCAGUCAGAGUGCUUUUUUUUUUUUUUUAAAUAACUUAAGACAUGAUAAUGGUGGGGAUGACUCCAGUUAUUUCCCCUAUCCAUUUGACGUUAAUUUGCAGUUUUAAUACCCACUUAUAUGAAGUAGAGGUAUUUCUCAGGAAUUUUGGAUGGGCACAGGCAAAAACAAACAUAUCAUUUAACUAAAUUGCCUAAUUACUUAAAUCAGUAAACCAGUGAACUCAUUUAAUUGGAUAAAUGAGAGCCAUGUGAGGUUCAUUGCAAGUAUUUAUGACUUUUUUUAGCGUUUUUGAAACCACAAAUGAACUCGUGACAGGGCAGUCAGAAGACAUUGUCUCUUUUUUGAACUUUCGACCCACAGCUUAGAUAAAAUCCUUUACUUGAAGUUUGUUGUGUUUAUUACAGAUUUUCUUUCUACAUUUUCUUUGUGAAUGAACUGUUAGCCAAACAGAUCUCCACUUUAAGCACAAUAUUUAUAAUAUUUGGUUUAUAAUUGAUGUAUAGCUAUCGAUUUGUGAAUUUUUAUCUUAACUUUUUGCCACAUUCUUUUUUGACUCAGUCGUCUUUGUGUGAGAGUUUGUGUUUAAGAUGAGCAUGCAUGUCUUUUACUUAUUUAUUGCCAUAUCUUUAGUGUUUCACACAUUUAUGUCUUUUUAGAUAUCAUGCCUGCUCUUUGUGGGUGCAAUAUGUUGAUAAACUGCGCAUCAUACAGGUUCGGGUCGUACAAUAGAUGUGGUGAUUCAAAUGAAUUGAUAAGAUCUUUGAAAAUGGAUAUGUAUGGAAUAAUAACUCAUUAAGGAAAUUAACCGGCAAUCCCAAACUUGGGUGACAUUGCUAGAUUUCGUCAGGAACAUUGCCAUUAGUUUAGUAUAAUUUUUAAAAACCAUUCUUGUGUCCAUGUAAGGCUAAUUUUGUCACACAAGAUUUUUUCACUUGCUCUCACAAUACCUUCUUUGCAUGAUACCAUUUUUUUAAAGUACCCUUAAGAUUUUUACGCUUGGUCUACUUUUCUCAUUUUAGUUUUAUUUAGUAAAUCCUUUACAGAUAUCUCAUAAGAUAUCAGUGUGGCAUUGCUUUAAGAGCUAUAGAUAUGGUUACAGACUUAGACCACUGCAUUUCCUGUCAAUCUGUGUUUGUACCGGAGAGAGUCGAGCCUAUAGUUUUCAGUAGUAGUACUAUGUAGAAGUAGUAUUGUGUGCCUGGGUGUGUGAGUGUCAGGGACAGAUGCCUUUGCUCUUCCUGAAAAGCUUUCCAGUUUUAUCUUUCAUUUUGAUUUUCACUUUAAAGAUGUGGCCUUGUAAAAGCACGCUAAUAUCAUUUGAUAAACACAGGUUAAGUGUGAGACGACAUUUGCAGCAGAUGAUACAAGGGAGGUGGGCUGAUAAUAUGGGCGGACAAGGACGGGAGGGACAGUAGCCAGUGUUCGGUGUUAUUUCAGUAUUUUAUUUCCCUUUUCAUUCAUCCUCGUUUGAACUAAUCUCUUUCUUUACGACUGGUAGGAUAAGACUACAGUAGUUUGACGCCAUUGGUUUGUCAUUUUAAUGCCCUCCCCAGUUAAGGUACGUCACAUAUGAUUGUACGUGUAUCUGAAAUCAUAUGCUUGAUUACCUCUGUAUGUGAGUGCGCGCAGGUGUUUGCGUGUGCACAUUUGUCUGUGCACGUGUGUGUGUGAGAGUGUGUGUGAAAAGGAAACAGAGCACAGUGCAAUGGUUAUCUAUUAUGUCUGCUGUAAAUAAUUCUGUCCCCUUUCCAUAGCCUUUUAAUAUAUGGAGACGAAUAUUUAAAAUUUGAGAUACAUUUUUGUCUGGAAGAUUUUUUAUAGCCACAUGGGGAAAAGUUAUUAGACCACUGGACCAGGAGCACAGUGCCAUUCUAAUAGCAUCCGAGAACCAGAAUUCAAGACAAAAUUUACACCUCUGUUGUCUUCAAUUCUGUCUUUCUUGUAUUUUAACCACUUAUUUUAAAUGUUACUUAUGGAUCAGAACUGUACAGAUUCUGUAAAUACGACAACAAUGGUUUCUUUUUUCUGUUUUUGUAUAGAGAGAGAUUACAUGUGUUAAGACUACAAUAAUAAUUUAAUGAGACAUUUCACAAUACUUAAGCUAUUGAGAAUACAGACACAGUGUGAAAAUAAGUGCUAAGAUAUAUUCUUCUGUCUCUUUGUACAAAACAGUGUUGACUAAAAACAAAAUAAAUGGGAGAUAUCUCAAGCCUCA